UUUCCUCGUACAACUGACGUUUCUCUACCUGGCACUUGGCUCUCUGGAGCAUAAAGUCAAAAAGGAUCAAGAAGAAGAAGUUCCUCCACAGAACGAUUUCCCGGCCUCGGCUGCAGUCACAACAGGCUGACGGAGAUAGAGGUGACCGCGAUAGCUAUAGGAAAGGUGCGGGAAAUCGCAGCACACGAUUACUUACACAGUUCCGCUUACUGCCAAUGUUCGCCGACUGCACAAUAACAAUCCCGACCUGCCCAGUUGACUCCGCCGAUGGCGGGGUCAGCCCCUCCAGUCACAGAGUCUCCUACCAUAUUCCCAGGAGGAGGACGCCGUCGAUGGAGUUCAGUAUGCAAUGUACUUUUAGCCGGUGAAACGCGACCCUUAUCAAUUGCAGAAAUCGAUCAUUACCUAAGUUACGCUCGGCCGAUUUCCCACAUGCCGGGAACCCUGUACCAAGGAGAAAAUCGGUCGAUUAGUCGCAACGUCGAUCCAUGUCACGCGAACCUUCUCUUCGACUUCAGAGCUACCUCAGUGUACGAAAAAGAGUUAGUACGGAGUAUGACUUCUACCGCACGGUACUUACCAUUUCGAUAAUCUUGACUUUGGAAAAAGCAGAUGUACGUUAUACCCUCGUGAAGCACUGCGUCCACGUCCCGUGGGAAAAUCCUUCGGCUAUCGCCCAUCGAUCUCCACGUUUCCCUUCUUUCAAGGCCGAGGCCACACCGAUCAAGGGCAUUCGUCAUUUGUGAAUCCGCAUCCGUCGGAUCCUUCGCCAUCCACACGAACGCACCGUAGGAACCACCCGGAUUUCGAAUUCUUACAUCCGCGCUUGGUGUACAAGGGAGAUCGAUUUCGAUUCGCCGAAAUCAC